GUCAUGACAGGUCCUAUUGUGACCUCAUGAGGAGUGAUUGUGAGGUGGCCCAGCAAACACAUAUUAAGCUGUUGCCAGGCCUGGAAUUCUUUGAGUGCUUUGAGAGGAGGUGUGGAGUGGAGCCCUCUGCGACUUGGUUGUAUCUAGUGAGCUGUGUGUGGUUGUAUCGAAUUUUGCUGUACUGUGUAUAUGUGUAUGUAUCAGUGUGUGUAAGAGAGUGUGUGUUGACAGAUUGGCCUGUGUGUGAGUGCGUGUACACUUUUGCCUGUGUGUUUGUCAGUAUAUGUAGGAGUGUGUGAGUUUACAGGUUUUUAUGUGUGUAUGUGUUUGUAUGUGUGUAUGUCUUCUUGUGCGUAUGUGUAUCCCUGUGUGUAUGUGUGUAUGUGUCUGACGUGUGUUUUUUCAGCUUUGCUUGUGUGUAAGUAUGCGUGCUUUGUGUGAAUCUGGGUGUUUGUAAGAGUUUGUGUGAGUAUAAGUUCACUUCUGUGUAUUUCUGUGUGUGUUCCUGUGUGUGUGCCUGUGCCUGUGUGAGUGCCUGUGUGUGUGUGUGUGCGUGUGUGUGUGUGUGUGUGUGUGUCUGUGUGUGUCUGUGUGUGCACGUGCCUAUCCCCUUUUGCCCCUUGUAUCUAUAUUACCUGCACCUCAGUGCAAGAGAGUGUAGAGGCCAGAAGUCACCCCGGCUGCUGUUCCUGAGGUAGGUUCUCAACCUUAUUUUCAAGACAGGCUCUCUCACUGGCCUGCAGCUGCCCAAGUAUCUGGGUUGGCUGACCAGUCGCUCCCAGGCAUUUGGUAUGCCAACCCCAUAAUAUCAGUUUAAAGGCCUAUGUAGAUGGCUGGCUGCCUAUUUCUUGAUUGAUUGAUUUUUGGAUGACUUCAAGAGAAAGAAUUAGGUCACAUAUUGCCACGCCACUGGCUAUUUCCUUAUUGGGGUUUUGUUUUUUGUUUUAUUUAUUUAUUUAUUUUUUAUGGAUUGCUGGUUUCAUUUUUUAGUGGUUUUUAUGUUCUCACAUGCUAUAUUACUGCUUUGAUUAUUUACGGUUCUGCAGUCGGAUGAUUAACUCUAUCUCCAUUUUCAAUGUCCUGCGGUUUCAUCCUUUUACAUUAUUCCUGUUUCUCUAUUUAUUGAGUACAAGCAAUCAUUGGCUUAGACUUGAUACAAAUUUGCCCUUUGUGACACUUUGACUCUUCGGCCUUUGUUUAAGGUUUACUGUUCACUGAUAAUUAACUGCCUUAUUCCUUGUGGUUGGUUAAUUUUAAUUUUCAGUAUUUUGCUCUGGAGAGUUGUGGAUUUUUGUGGAUCACUAGGUCCUGAAAUUCAAUGGAGUUUUCCCUUAAGUGUUGGCUUUUUAUAUUUGUUUGUUUUGUCUUAUACUAAUUCUUUCUCCUCUCGUUUCUUUCAUCUGUUUUUUUUUUUCUUCAAUGAACAUCUAUUCAUAGUAUUGACCAUCUUUGGCCGCCCAAUCCUAUUGUAGUAUGACGAUUUUUAUUUUCAUCAUUGCAUUUAGUAUGUGUGUGCUCUUGGCUUUCUCUUUUGGGGUUGGUUAUUUGGGUGGCUUUUACUUAUGACUCUUCAUAUUUUCCCCUUAACUUUUUCAUAAUUUUGCUCUAUUUUUCUAGUCUAGUUUUUACUUUGUCUUUGUUUGUUUUUUUUUCUUUUUCUUUUGUUUGUUUCUUUUAGGUACCACAAGUGUAAUUUUAGCUCCUAUAUUGCUCCAUCUUUUUCAUUAUUUGAUUCCAUUUUUGUUAUUUUUAGGUAGCAUUAGUACUGAUAAAAUGCCUACAGAGACUGAGGAGGAGAUACCAACCCCUACACCCGAGCCCAGUAUCUCUGAGGAGGGCAACUUCCAUUCCCAAUACCAAGUAUUGGGGACAAUUGGGCAAGGGGGCAACGCCAAAGUCCUCCUGGCCCACCACCGGCUCACAGGAACCCCGGUGGCUGUCAAAGUUCUGCGAAAGGACAAGCAGUGGUUCCAGCCAGCCAUGAUGGAAGCAAACAUAAUGAGAAAGAUCAACCACCCCAACAUAGUGUCUCUCAUACAAGUUAUUGAAAAGGAAACGAGAAUAUACCUCAUAAUGGAGCUGGUGGAAGGCCAAGAACUCUACCAGUACAUCAGAGAGUCAGGGCACAUAGAGGAGGAUGAGGCCCGGCAAAUAUUUGAACAGAUAUUGUCAGCAGUGAGCUACUGCCAUGGAAAGGGGAUUGUUCACCGAGACCUCAAACUGGACAAUAUAAUGAUUGAUAAAAACAAAAAGGUCAAAGUCAUCGACUUUGGGCUUAGCACCCAAUUUCAACCUGGAAAAAUGCUAAACCACCACUGCGGCACGUACUCUUUUGGUUCCCCUGAACUCCUCCUUGGCCAUCGGUAUGACGGGCCGAAGAAUGAUAUGUGGAUUAUAGGAGUGGUCUUGUACUGUAUGGUAGUGGGAAAGCUCCCAUUUGAUUCAGUGAUCAUCCAAGAACUGCAAAGACAAGUAGUGGCAGGGGUAUAUCCUGCUCCCUGUGGGGUUUCAAAAGAACUGGAGGACCUCCUUAGUAAAUUACUGAGGGUAAAUCCCAACUUUAGACCAACAGCAAGAAAGGCGAUGAAACACCCUUGGUUCAAAGAACACUGGAACGGAUUGAUAGGUCCCUAUGAAGAAAUGCUUCCCCUCACACCAGACCCGGCCAUUUUGGAUGCCAUGAAAAGCAUUGGAUUCCAAGCCUCUGUAGUAAAACACUCUUUAAAACAAAGAAAAUAUAAUGAGGAAAUGGCAACUUAUUUCUUUCUACAAAAGCAGGCUCUCCAGGGGGAUGGCUGCACAGCCCAGGCACAGCAAAUGAGUCCCGUUGCAGCACCAUUCCCUAGCCUUGAUCCUGCUGCUGCUUUUAGAUUAGAACCAAAGAGGAGUGGAAGCCUGCCAGUCCUUGGCACCUUGCGGGUGUCAUCCUCCCAUGGUCACGUAUCUCACUAUGGCCAGAAUGCUCAUCCAAAAGGAGGCAAAAGAUCCACUGUGGCUGGUCGUCUCAGGCCUCUACCGAUGACACCUACACAGGACCACUAUCACAAAUGUGCCGUGAGUGUCCCAUGCAUUCAAACAACAAGCAUCUUCACUGAGAAGAGUAGCAAUAAGGAAAUCAAAGAAGACAACCCACUCUCCCACAGAGCCCCAUUAGAGGAUAAGCCCAUCCCCAGCAGGGUCCGGCACAGAGGUUUUAAGGGGUGGACCAGGAAUAUAGCAAAUGCCCUGAUAAAGCUGUGUUGCUGCAUGCCAAGGAGAAAGAAACCUCGCCUGGGGCAGAACAGAAUCUCCCCCCAGAAAUGAGCCACAGGGAGAGUCCAGAGAACAAGCAGCAGGCAUAGCCCAGUGUCAUCUGGAAAUUCUUUCAUGUCCUCAGUAUAAACAGUAGGUGAUUUCAGACACAUGGCAAUGGAAAAGACACCAGCAGAAACUACAGCAGCAACAGGAGUAGCAACAAUAGCAGAAGCAGCAUUAGGCACAGCAGCAGCAGGAGGAGGAGAAGGAGGAGUGUAGGAGGAGGAGGAGGAGGAGGAGGAGGAGGAGGAAGAUGAAGAGAGGAGAAAGAAGAGGAGGAGGAGGAAGAGAAGGAAGAGGAGGAGAAAGAGGAGGAUGAAGAGCAGGGGGAAGAUUUUGAUUCCCUGUCCCCGUGAGAAUUGCUGAUGACUACUUCUGGGCACAGAUAUCAUGCUGAGAACUGUUUAUCAAAAUGAUUUAACAGAAUAUUAAUUUUCAUAGAAGACAUGUCAAUGUUCCUGAGGGCAUGCAGCCCUGGAAAAGAGAGCCAGAUGGCAGAGGCAAGCAGUGUGGAAUGUUCUUACUGAGGAAGACCUUCUCAAAGCUGAUGAUGUAAUAGGUAUGAAGGAGCAUUUCAUGGGAGUCACGGUCCCAUGCCCCUGUGUCAGGGCACACAGAGCUCCUAGCCUUGCAUCCUGCGUGAGAGGGGACCUGGAAUAUUCCCUGAUCCCAACAGGGUCCUGGAUUGCAUGGUUCCCUCUCAGUCAUGGUCCUCCCUGUGCCUCAUGGGGUACGCAGCUUCUACGGGCUGAAUUUAUAUCAGUGAUUAACUGGAGCUGGACCACAACCACACCACAGGCAAGCCCUGGGCACUGAGGACAUUAAGAGCAGCAGACAACAUCUCCUCCACUGCUUCUGACUCUGCUCCACAAGCCAAGGCAGCUCCCACACAGCAGGCAUCCAACCUAACUCCCAGCAGGGAGAGUGUGAGAUGUCUGUGGAUGAGCCCACAGGGACUACAGGAUUCUGUGGGAAGACAUCUGGUAGCUUCUGGAGCAGCUGCAGCAGUCAGGACACAUGAACUACAGUGGAGGUGAGCUAUAGGACCAGGUAGCAAAGAGCCUGAUCUGGCCAAUGAUGAUCUGAAUCCCUGAGGGAAGGCUGGAAUGGUCACUCAGGGCUAUUAGAGUGAAGGCCAGCCAAGGGCAUACAAUGUGUCACUAACAUUCUCAAAGUCUUGUCCAGGAAAUAAACCACUGGCCUUGACCAGUAAAGUUGAGUCCAGACUCAUGGGCUACAGGAUAGCAGAUUGAACUGAGUCUGAAUUCCCAUGAGUAUGACCUCUGGCUGCUCCCUAGGCUCAGUAUAGAUGAGCAUGAGAAGGCACCAUUGCUGUGUUUGCAGGAGUAGCAGAGAGCUCGGAAUACAUGACCCACUCCUAACCCAGACUGGAGCCACUCUGGGGAGGAGAUGGCAUCAUUUGAGAGAUGGGCUUAUGCGGGACACUGUGCUCUGGUCUGUGGCACAUACAGCUCCUGUCUUUCUUGCUGACAGUUCAGAUCCUCAGCUGGCCUCAUCACGGACAGUCCCAUGAGGAGGGGGUGUUUGGUUCCUGCUUCCCAGUUAGGGCAGGAACAAGCCCAGACGCAGUGAGUAAGGACAGUGCUUCUGUCUUGACCCAGCUUCCUUGUCCUCCCCCCUCCCCCAACUCAUAUCAGGAGCCACCCAGAGACCUUCAUAGGAGUGUGGGUCAUGUUAAUCGGAAUGCACAGCUGGAGAUUAAAUUCUGGGUAAGGUCUCCAUACAGCCCUGGUGGCUCCCACACCCUGCCUACCUAAGGUUUCCCAAUUGGGUCCUCAGGGUCGUGGAGAAUCUUCUACAGGCUGCCAUGAAGAUACAGCCAGUGUCUUGGUAACAUUGUGUUUAGCAGAGGUUCUCUGCUUCAGGCACAGGGCCUUCCAGUGAGAGGGUUUGCUGAGUAGCACACCAGGACCAGAAAAGUGUAGAGCCCUCCAGUGGUAGACAUGAAGUACUGCAGGAGUUUAUUUCCUGAUUUCUUCACAUCUACCUUGUUCUAAAGGCUUUUUGUCAGACACAUAGGGACCUAAGAAACUUGAGUUUGCACCCCCAUAGGGAACCCAGGACACUAAACCAGCAGCCCUGUUAAACGUCGGCAGAGGACAGUCUGGGCUCUGUGUUUAUAGAACGGCUCUAGACUGGUAUGAAGACUGAUUGACCAGCCAGUCAAGGAGAGUUAGGGACAGUUAGAGACUUGGAGGAGAGCAUGAGCGGCAGACACAGCAGAGUCCAGGCCAACAGUGGAACCAGUUCAUUUAAUAGAGAAGCAUAUGCCCUCCCAAAAGGCUGUCAGCUUAAGGCACUGCACUGAAGACCUGACCCAAUAACAUCACACAUUUUACACAAUCACCCACCUGUGGCUUGUGGAGGGUCCUCAGGCUACCCUCCAUCAUGGCUGAAAGGCAGAAGUUUGCACAUCAUUGCAAUGUGGAGGCUCCUCUCUGCUGAUGGGACCCACACACUCUGUGAAAAAGUUUGCUUAAGUGAAAGUUGGCCGUCCUUGAACUCUCUGGUCUUCCAGGGUAGUGUGUGUUGACCACAUGCAGAGCCAUUCCUGAAAAACGUAAGAGCCAAAAUUCAACAAUAGGGAGAGAAUCCUGUGCCAGAUGGAAUCCCUCAGGCCAGUGCGGAUUCAGAGACAUCCUAUGCCAUGGCAUGGAGGCUCCCAAGAACUUCUAGGAUCAAUGUGAGCCACACCGGAGGCCACAGUCUAUCCUGGGAGAACAUUAAAGUAUCUGGAAUUAUCAGGGACCCUAGGGUAGGUUCGUCAGGAUAUGGAGCUGAUGCAUGGUGGGAUGCUUGGAGGAUACAGCCUAAGGCAACGUAGAGGAAAGUGUGUUAUGAGAGCUAAGACAGAGCAACCACACAGUCUGAGAACAAGUUUGCUUAAGUGAAAUUUGGCCGUCCUUGAACUCUCUGUUCUUCCAGGGUAGGAUGGCCUAUCGGGCCCAGGACAGAGCGACUAUGCCAGAAUUACAAUGGUCUGUAAUAGAGAUGGAGAAAGUGUCAGGAUGGGACUUGGGCAGUGGAUGGAGCUCUAUGACUGCAAAGCCUGCCUAGGCUCCCAGGACCCAGAGCUGGCUGCUGCAGGAAGUCCUAGAUCACAACUCUGCCGUUCCUCUUCCCAGGUCUUGCUUUUAACUACUGGACCCAACACAAAGCCUCCCUUGCAGGCUUACCAGAGCAUGAAAACGAAAUGGCCACCUCCUGUAACAAGAAACACUUCUAGAAGAGGAAGGAGACAUCAAUACAUUCACAAAACCUUCAACUCGAAGUCUGUCUUGCCAAUAAGUGUGCAGGGAUAAAGACAGAAAAGUAGCACACAUGUCUCCAGAGUCUUCACUCAGCAGCUGAAAGCCACAGCCAAUCCUCAGAUAGAGCUCGGGAAGUCUUGUGGAAGAGUGGGGGGAGAGUGACAAGGAAACUGGUUGGGUUAAAACACUACAAGAAGUCCCCGACAGUCAGAUACCUUGGACCAUGGAGUAUGCUAGAGCCUGUGCAACCAACCCCAGAGCCGGGUUAGCUAUCUGCAGUUGGUCUCCAUGUGGGUCAUCUGACAAGUAGAUCCAGGGCUGUCUCAGUCUGUGUUGCCUGCCAUUGGAUCUGUUCCCCAUACCCGGACUGCCUGAUUGUAAAUCUGUGGGGCAGAAUGUGCUCGGGCCACCUGGGACUAGAUGUCCCAGGGUGGUGUGGUACCCAGGGACUCUCCCCUUGUCCAAAGAGAAGGGAGAGCAUUAUGGUAGAAAGGAUUUGUAAGGUGGGACUGGGAAGGGAAGAGGGAGAGUGACUGGGAUCAGGAUGUAACCUGAAUAAAGAAGACAUUAUUGGAAGUAAAAAUUUAGCCUGGAAAAUGGAAAGAUUGGUAAGUGACUAAGAGCACUGAAUGCUCUUCCAGAGGUCCUGAGUUCAAAUCCCAGCAAACACAUGGAGGCUCAGAAAUGUCUCUAAUGACAUCUGAUGCCCUCUCUGGUCUUUCUAAAUACAGCUACCCUGUACGUAUGUUUAACAAAUGAAUGAAUGAAUGAAUAAAUAAAUAAAUUUUACCUAGUCUUAGUUAUCAGGCAAUGAAUAAAAUGUCGAGAUUAUGUUCAAACCCAUGUCAUGGAUUGCCUAUAUCUUUUAGAUCUGCAGGAAACAUCUCAACGAAGAACAAGAGAGGCUGGAGAAGAAUGGGGAAGGGUUUGAUCCCUGAAGUUCCUCAGUGUCCACUAGCACAGCACUUGUCCUUGGGAGAUGACAUCUUUCACUCUUCCUGACUGUUGCACCAAUCAGAAUUACAAGCUCUGUGGAUGAACCUGUAAAAGAGGACAGUUGCUCUUGGGCCAAUAUGGAGGUUCCUGACCUCUCAGCAAGCUCACUGCUGACUUUUGAGGUCUCUGGAGGGUGAGCAAAAUGAAGACACACAGAGUAGCCUCAGGUUGAGUCAGCCAGGCCCAGGGGGCUCAGUGGUGUCUCUCAGAUUCCCAGGCCCUCCCUGAGAUUGAACACUCUACACAGUGUAAGUGGAUUAGGGGAUAACCAGGAAAUGCAGUUGCUGAGGUGGCUGGCUCUGUAGGAGGGAAAUAAAUCACAGUGGGAAGCUUCAGGACAGUCAGGUGACCUGAGCCCUCCACAGAGUCUAAGUCCAGACUCACAGACAUUCAUCUGUCCACAAGUCUCCUAAACACAGGCCUUGACUGACCUGCAGUCCAGAGUAUGUUAUGAUACAGUGUCGCUGAGAGAGAGGACAUACUUUCCAAUUAGGCCUUUUCUGUGUCACACUGAGACUGGGUUUAUGGUACAGCUGAUGCAGAUGGGGACUGGCCACAAGUGGCAGUCUAUCGCAGAUCAUGAAAUAAAUAAAUAAAUAAAUAAAUAAAUAAAUAAAUAAAUAAAUAA